GGAGAAGGGUGGUGCAUAUGGAGGUCGGGCAGUUGCUAAGCCUCUGUCCCUCCUUUUCUACUCCUACCGCGACCCGCACGCUGGCCAAACGCUGGGCACCUUUGAGCAGUCUCUACAUUGGGCUCUGUCGACGGAUUUCAAUACUCAAGAUGUAGACGAAGCUAAAUUGGCCACUUUUCAAGAGGUAACGCUCUCUCCUUCCAGUUUCCAUUGUGGUGUGGAUCAUCUCAUCUGA